GAGGAGCGAGCGGAGUGCAGUUGAGCUGAGCUGAGCAUCACACAACCCUGCAUUCAAGGAAACGGGCAAACACAGCACUUUUUCUUUGACUUCCCAUAAUGUUUUAGCCACCGUCUUCAGUAAGAGGACAUACAUGUGUUCGAUGUGAACCCUCAUGGAAGCCGUCUGUCUUUGAGCAGCUGGGAGUCAAGGACCCCCCCUCAAUUGUUUCCUGCGCCAAGAACUGUUAAAGACAUGGUCAUUACGCCGCAUCUGUGAUGAACUGAAAGCAGUGAGUGUGAGAGCGUGUCAGAGGAUGUUCCUGAUCUGCGGAGCCCAGUGUUGAGGAAGGUCAACGGAGCCCAACCGGCGCUCACCAUGUCUCACCACCAACAUUACCAUCGAGGCCCCCAUAGCCGCACCAUGAGCUCUGAGGAGAGGAGCUCCACGCCAGUCAACAAGACCUCCACACCGGUUCACAAGAGCGCCUCCUCCUCUUCCUCCUCCCAGCGCGACAGCCGGCAGGAGGCAGACAGCUGGGAAAUCAUUGAGGGGCUGAAAAUCGGUCAGAGCAACGUCCAGAGGCCCGAUAAACACGAGGGUUUUAUGUUGAAGAAGCGGAAAUGGCCCCUGAAAGGCUGGCACAAGCGUUUUUUUGUUCUGGACAAUGGUAUCCUGAAGUAUUCCAAGUCCCCCAUUGAUAUCCAAAAAGGCAAACUUCAUGGCAGCAUCGACGUCGGCCUCUCAGUCAUGUCCAUCAAGAAAAGGGCCCGUCGCAUUGACCUGGACACUGAGGAGCAUAUCUAUCACCUGAAGGUCAAAUCUCAAGACAUCUUUGAUGCCUGGGUGUCCAAGUUGCGUCAUCACCGGCUUUACCGACAGAACGAGAUUGUGCGAUCUCCACGGGAGCCUACCAUACGAACGUUUCCUCCCCCAGCUGCCAUUGAGUCGCCCCAACCUGCCUCGAGUGUAGUACGUGAAGCCAAGCAAGCCAAGCCAAGCAGCUUGCCAUGGCAGCCGGUGGCCCCCAGUAGCGGGAGCAACAGCAGCCUGCCUGCCUCCUACAGUAACGGCCAGAGCAAAGUGGUUGCUUGGCUGCAGGAAUCAGAGGAGAUGGACAAGUGCGCAGAGGAGCUCGCACGAUGCCAGUCCAACCUGACUGAGCUGAGCCGGUUAUUGCAGAGUCUGGAGAUUCUACAAAGGACACAGUCGGCGCCCAACUUCACAGAUAUGCAGACCAGUUGUGUAGAAUUGUCAAAGAAAGAGAAGCGCUUGAACAGAAGAUGGAGAACAAAAAGUGUCUGCAAAGAUGCAAAAUACCAGCUUCAGGUCCCUCUGUCUGCCAGCAUGUCCCCUGUCCGCCUCCACUCGUCCAACCCCAAUCUGUGUGCUGAGCUGGUGGACUUUCAACCCCCUACCUCCCGGCUGACAGACAGCGUAGAUUGUUCCAGUGACUACAUUAAACUUCAGGAGGAAUUCUGCACCAUUGCCCAGAAAGUCCACUCUCUGCUGAAGUCGGCCUUCAACACAGUGGCCAUAGAGAAAGAAAAGAUCAAACAGAUUCUGUCUGACCAAGAGCAAUCAGAGCCGUCAGCCCAGAUCAACUCUCUCAGGAAGUCUCUGUCACAGGCCCUGUCCCAAAACGCAGAACUUCGAACCCGACUCAGCCGCAUCCAUUCUGAAUCUGUCCUGACCGAACAAGGUGUCAGUGUGAACAUCAUCUCCACGCCUGAUGAGGCUGGGGAACAGAUGGGGAUCCCUCUGACUCAGCAGGCCUCUAAUGAGAGCCGACUCUCCAUGUCGGAGUCUGUCUCUGAGUUUUUUGAUGCCCAGGAAGUGCUUCUGUCGGCCAGCUCGUCAGAGAAUGAGGGCUCAGACGAUGAGUCAUAUGUCAGCGAUGUGAGCGAUAACAUUUCAGAGGACAACGCCAGCGUGACCGAUAACGUCUCCAGACAAAUGGCCAACGGAGACUUUGCUGGCAGUGCCUUCCGUAACGGGCGGCGCACCUGCCUGCCGGCGCCGUGUCCUGACACCAGCAACAUCAACCUCUGGAACAUCUUGAGAAACAAUAUCGGCAAGGACUUGUCCAAAGUGUCCAUGCCGGUGGAGCUCAACGAGCCCCUCAACACCCUGCAGCGUAUGUGUGAAGAGCUGGAGUACAGUGAGCUGCUGGACAAGGCUGCUGAGACCGAGGAUCCCUUUGAGCGCAUGGUUCUCGUCGCUGCUUUUGCCGUCUCAGGCUACUCAUCCACUUACUACAGAGCAGGAAGUAAGCCAUUCAACCCGCUACUCGGAGAGACUUAUGAAUGCAUUCGGGAAGACAAGGGCUUCUGUUUUUUCUCUGAGCAGGUGAGCCACCACCCACCCAUCUCCGCCUGCCACUGUGAGUCUAAGAACUUCACCUUCUGGCAAGACGUGAGAUGGAAAAACAAGUUCUGGGGAAAAUCAAUGGAGAUUUUACCAAUCGGGACAGUGAAUCUCAUGAUUCCCAGGUUUGGAGAUCACUAUGAAUGGAACAAGGUCACCACCUGUGUACACAACAUCCUAAGUGGACGACGGUGGAUCGAACACUACGGGGAGAUCACCAUCAGAAACACAAAGAGCAGCGCUUGCCUCUGCAAACUCACCUUCGUCAAGGGAAAUUACUGGAGCUCUAAUGUGAAUGAGGUUCAAGGAUUUGUGAUGGAUCAAGAAGGGAAAGUGAUCCACCGGCUUUUUGGAAAAUGGCACGAAGGCCUUUACUGCGGCGUCCCACCUUCUGCCAAAUGCGUCUGGAGGCCAGGCUCCAUGCCCACGGACUACGAACUGUACUAUGGCUUCACCAGGUUCGCCAUUGAACUGAAUGAGCUUUGCCCAGAGUUGAAAGAUGUUCUGCCCCGCACAGAUGCCCGAUUCAGGCCUGAUCAAAGGCACCUGGAGGAGGGGAACUUGGAGAUGGCAUCCUCAGAGAAGCAGCGUAUUGAGGACCUGCAGAGAACCCGAAGAAAGUGGAAAGAGGAGAACGACACCAAACAGGAGCCACGCUUCUUUAAGAAAGUGGUUGACACCCAUCACAGGGAAAGGUGGGUCUCCAACAACACGUACUGGGAGCUCCGCAAAAACCCCGGCUUCAUCAAUAUGGAAUCUACAGUGAACUUGUGGUAGCACAUGGAUUACCAUGUCCAUCGUGUUGUCAUCACAGAUAAGAAGGCAGUUACCUAUGCACAGUAAGGUGUUAAGAGAAACAUGCGUGCAUGGACUGCAGAGCUGAGGGAUGGCCUGAUGCCCAAUAACCCUGUCGAGGUUCUGUGGCACCACCACACGGUCAUCCAUCCAUGGAAACAUCCUGUAGGAUCACCUUCAUUGUGCUUGUGGACGCUGGGUUGUCAGGUCAACAAUCGUACCACUCCUAUGUAGAUCUUUCCUCAGCUCCUUUGACUUCUGAGUAUGUCCUUGCCUUAAAAAGACACCUGAACAAGUCACAAGACUUAGCGCUUUUUAGUUGAAGCCAUUUGAUUUCUGACAGCAGUUUGGGUUAGACUAGUCUAUAAAGUAGACAUUUUGAUUACCUACAAGACCGUGCAUGUUUAGAGAGCAGCUUUCACUGGCAUAAAGCCGUAUUUACUAUAUCAUCAAUUAUUGUAGAGAAAAAAAGAGGUAUUUUUAUAAAAUAUCUUGGAAUUUAGUGAAAUAGCAUUAUGUGAAUUGGCAGAUUUUAUUUAUUUUUGCCUUUUAAUACUGUUGGAUCUGUAUGAUAGCAGUACUCCCUCUGGGGAAACAACUCAUUUAAAAUGAAUCUCGCCUGCAGUAGAGGAAGCACAGCGUCCAUUGAUGGAAUUUUUAAUGAAUAUUUUCAAACAGGAGCUCUCAAAGCUGAUCAUGUGGUGGAAGGAGAAGUAGGAUUAAACAUGUAAAUCCUAACCUGGUGUUUUGGACAUGCGAUGUAGGAUAAGCUACACCUGCAACCUUUUACAGAGGUUUUUCUUUUUCUUUUUUAACUGUCAAGACAGAUGGGUCAUGGAGUCUAGUUUCUCCUCAUGGUGUGAUUCUGUGACCAUCCCGCGCCCUCCCCCACUGUCUAAUUUUAAACAUUCUUCCAUGAAAGCAACUCCUCUGAAUCACAUGGUUACAUAAAUACACACAUAACUCCCUCCAUAUAUAGUGGGCGCACUUUCAGUCUGUCCUCUUCUCUGAAUGUGGUGCAGAUAAUGGACUCUCUUAAACAUCAGACACUUUUCUGAACCAAAGGUCUAAGAAAAGAUGAUGUAGUAGGGUGUAAAACCCUCUUGAGACGCUUUUGUGAUUUAUAAAUAGAUUUGACAGUGAAACACAUGGAAAACAGUCACGUAUUUCCAGUACGAGGCUAAACACUCGCAUACAUCGGGUCACACAAGGUUAGAGCUGCAAUGUGCAUUUAUUUUUAAAUUCUAAAAAUAUAAUCUAAAAAAUAUUUAAUUAACAAAUUAUUUAUCAAAAUUAGCAAUGUCUUAAAUUAGCAUCCUUGUUCUGAGUAACAACCAAAAAAUGUUAAUUUAAAAUGAUAUGAAACAAAGUAGUAACUUUUCUCAUUUGUGAAACUCUCACCAGCAACUGUUUGGUAUUUUUCUUGAUAAAUGGCCUACAUUAUUAAUCAAUCAUCAAAACGGGAAUACAUUUUAUUUUGAUUAACUGAUUAAUUAUGUGAGCACUCAUGACUCAUUCAGCCAAAAGCAUACAGUAGUUCAAGAUGAAACACUGGAACCACCUACAGGUCGUCCCAUGAAACUUCAGUUUCAGGAAACUGCAUUUCAACAAUAUUAAAAACACUUUUUUUCCUUAAAUGUUUUAGCCAAACAAGUUUGUACAGUAACAAGAAUCAAAGUGGAUAUUUGAAUGUGUCUGAUUCCCCAGAGAUUUUACUGCUAUGAUCUGGGCUUCUGCAAAGCACCAGUUUACUUAUUUGCAGUAUGUGUAUUUAUUGCGAAGCAGAUUAGCUUUAAUGUUUUAACUAGUGCCCUCCCCCCCUUUUUGUGUUACAGAGUAAGAAAAUAUAACACAAACAAGUAGUCACACAUUGUCCUCGUUUACGAACACAUAUAGGUUGAUUCCUUUCGUUCAGGACUGCAGGGUGAGGACACUGAAGCAGAAAGAGUGAAUACAAAUAUGUAGAAUGAAAACUUUGUGAAGCAAAUCCAUCUUGUGUGCACUGUUUAUAUGGUACUGUAGAUUACAAACCAAAAAGGUAGUACUGCUUUGCAUUCAUAUCUUUUUUUUUUUUUUUACUGUACUUUACUGUGCUUUUAAUUUUUUAUCCCUGAUCACAAACUCUGCUACAAUUCGUCAGUGUCCGUUUCACUUGCUGUGCCUUAACGCAUUUAUUAAUGCCUCACAAUACACACUACUGAUAAGAAUCCCCCUGCCAAGAAGGUAUGCCAUUAACACUUUAUCCCAUCUCCACCUGCCUACAGAUGAUAAAUUAUAUUGAAAUAUGGCGUUUAGGAUUUAGCUGUGGACAAAAUGUCUUAAGUCUUUAAGGGAAAUGUCUUUAGAUGAGAAAAAUAGAUUUAUUUGACUGUAAAAUGCUCGCAGUGUUAAAAGAUGUGCACUGCUCUGCACUCCAACAUUUUAGGUGAUCACUGUAAAUACAGCACAUUUAGACGAUGGGUCACUACUGCAAAAGCAGAUUCCUUUUAUCCUCCUACAGUGAUUUUUUUUGUGUGUGUGUGGAGGGAGGGUCAAUGCUGCUAUGCGUAGUGUUUGGACUGUAGUGUAAAAAAAAAAAAAAAAAUUCAUGAAAACCUCCUCAUGCUUUCUUCAUCCAUCGUUCUUCCUGCAUGUCUAGACAACUUAGCCUGCCAAUGAAUGUUGCAGAUGCCUUACAAAAGAAAAAAGGUUUUGUUUUCUCAAUUGGACGUCUCAUGUGUUUUUUUUUUUGAACUGACAUGUAUCACGAAGCACUGUGUCAGCUCAGUUUCUUUCAAAUCUAUUCCUUAAUGGGUACCUUCUAAAGUGCAAUUUUAACAAAAGUACAUAUCUUUCCAUGAAUACUGUACACUGCUGCUACAUAGUGCUUGUUCUAAUAAAACUGUAAAACUCAA